AUGAACGCGAACACGUCACCACCACCGUCGGAGCUACACUUGAGUGCAUUGUACGGGCGUUACCGCGACUGGCGGUCUCCCUCUAUGCCCUCCUCUGAUACUUCAAUGGAAGACGCUUCGAAUGAGACCUCUCUCGCUUCUCUAUGUGCACUGGUCGUGCAGUUUGAAGCUUCAGCACGUGAAGAUCUUCGAGUUGGUUUUGCUCCGUCUUUGGACGCUUUUCCUGACGUCCCUGAGGACACUACAAGCAACAAAACACACAGGAAAUCUCAUACGAAAUGGAAGUAUGAAGUAACAGUUGGAACGAGUGGAAAUACCGAGCUGGUGUGGAGAAAAUCGGCUUCAGGACGUAACAAGGAGGUGGAUCUGGUCCGGGUCUUUACGGGUCGUAUCUGCUCUGCCCAGGAGUUUGUGGCCUAUUGGAUUGUUGUAGAUAUCAAGAACGGCUUGUUGUCGAUUGGUGUAGGCAAUCAGGUGGGUCAGGACGUCCUAGCGACGUGUCAGGAUCCGGAUUUUAUUCAAGUGACGCAGACGGCAUUCACGUCGUGGGACUCUUCUGUGUCUCUACGUGGCAUUCAAGUUCAUGGAGUCUAUGAAGGUCAAACAGAAGCUCUUGCAGCUUCUAAUGUAGCUGCAUUCCCGUCUCCAAGGCUUAUGGUGAGAGCUGAUCCGCUGGGUAAAGACGAUUUACUGACAAUGGAGCAGCGAGAGAACUAUGAAACGGAGUAUGCAACUUCAAAGCGUCGAGCCGAGAGAUUUGGAGCUCCAUUCGUCGCACCAGAUAUUAAAACGUUUUUAGACCCACGAGAAGUGAGGAAGCUGCAACGGACGGGAGCAAUUGUACCUGGUUUUACAACCGGUAUUGACAUUACAAGUCAGGAGGAGCAAAGCAAGAGAGAACAGCGUAUGAAACGCUUUGAUACGCCCCAGUUUGCAGUAGAGUAUUCUGCUGAGACAGCAAGGGCGUUGGAGCAGGGUCUAACUCAGGAAGAGUGGGUUGAAAAGCAGCGCGACCAGGAGAAAUUGCGUGUUCGCGCGCAAAAGUUUGGGCUACCAGCUGAAGAAGAUCGCUCACAGGUGGUCCCGACAGGCCUUCAUCCGGCAUCUGCUAAGGUCGGUCGUGAACGCUGGGACGCUAAGGCCGCCGAGGAUGGACACGCGGUGGCAUUUCGUGACGACGCAUUGCACAUGUACUCGCUGGAUGACAAGUUCCAACAAGUUCGUACAAGCGAUGUGAUGGAGUAUUUCGUUGGGUACGGCCCUGCAUACGUGGAGUGGCUCAAUGACAGCUCGUGUACUAUUGUUUUCCAAGAUAACUUCACCGCUAGUAGAGCGCUUAUUGCACUCGGUCAGGCGAUUCCGCCACAGUUUCUGAAGCAAAAGAAGGAGAAGGUAAAAGCUGAAAAUGUACCAGUAUCAGGAGAAGACGUUGACAUGGGAGAUGUAGAGACACCUGGCGAUAAUGAUUCUGCUACGGUAACACAGGAAGAGGAGGAGGAAGCUAAGGCCCAUGAUGUUGCCUUUAAUCGCUCGCAGUGGUAUGUGGGUAACAAACCGAUUGGCAGCAAGACGCAACCUCGUGACAAGAAGUGGCGAGUACUGCUACGAAAAGCAACCGACGAGGACUUUCCGCCUGAAAAGAUCCCUAAAAAGGGAAUGUACCACGCUCGGGGCAACCAGCACCAUGACGCGCGUGGCAGCCGCCGCCACAACAACCGCGACACUGGAUCUUCAUCACGACGAGGCAGCGAUCGCGCGCGGGCUCACCCUUACGGGGAAUUCUGCGAGGACAGACGUGGCGACGAAUCGUUAGGAAGCCGGCGUCAUCGCAACAAGAAUGAUGACCGCGACACUGGCAAACCGUCUAAGCGUAUUCGUGUGAACGCUGAUGGCUCCAUUAAUAUCGUGCGUGAUGGAGCAGUCAUGAGUAGAUCAGCGGACGAGAAGAAGCCCGCCAACUGA